AUGUCAUCUUAUACUCCAUUGUCCCAACAACGGGAUAAUGCCAAAAGUGUCAUCAGAUUGCGCAACUGUAUGCCAGAAAAGUUUUUUUCUUUUUGUCUCAUGCAUUUGUCAAUCAUUCUGGAUUUGAAUGACAAUAGUCUAGAAGAGAUUCUUACUGAUACCAAACCACGCAGAGGCAUGACGCCUUUAUGGCGAAAGAAGGACAGCAAAAGUAUUUUCUUUGGAAGCCAAUUGACAGGCGAGAGCAUUGCUUCCAUAUUCCGCUUAAUUGAAUAUUUGAAACGACCUGAAAACAUUGAAGUGGAAGGUUUAUUUCGUAAGACUGGGAGUAAUGCACGCCAAAUGUUACUCAAGGAAAUGCUCAAUAAAUCAAGUGACUUGAACCUUGAUGAAGGCCAAUUUUCACCUCAUGAUUGUGCUUCUGUUUUAAAAGGUUUUCUCAAAGAACUGCCAGAAUGUUUAAUGGUUGAUAAAUUUGCCAAGGCCCAUUGCCAACUUUGUGAGAUGUCUAAGCAAUCCAACAUGGAAACAAAUAUGAAACUGAAAGGGAAAGUGUUAAAAGCUGUUCAACUUCUUAUGCUUUUGCUUCCAGAAGAGAAUACGUUAUUGUUGGAAUGUUUGUUGGAAUUGCUUUCAAAAGUUGUUUCAGAAAAUAAGAAUCGAAUGACAUCCAAUGCAUUGGGUACCAUAUUUGCUCCUCAUCUUUUGUGUCCCAAGAGACUCUCGGCUGCAGAGUUCCAUGCCGCUUCUGAAAACUUUGCUGAAUUAGCUGCCUUCAUCAUAGAUAAUGCUGAUCAAGUUUUUCAGAUUCCUACAGAAUUGGUGAGGGAUAUUGAUCAAUUCUGGAAAGACAUGGAAAAUCCCAACAAAACUCCAUGUAAUUUCUUUGAUGUUUCUGUAACUAAAAAUGGAUUAAGUGCAAGGAGGUCAAAAAGUGAUGAAGCUGUGAACACUUGUGUGAAUUUUACUGAUCGGAGUCAAGGAGCUGAAGACCUGACUCAAGCAGAGAUUGCAAAACUCUACGAACACAUCCAAGCAAUGCCGGAUACUGCUAGAAAAAGGAAGCUCUUAAAGAAGUUCUCCAAGACGAAUCAUAUGAACUUUGACUCCUGCUCUCGAUCAAGUAAGGAGAACAGUAUCUACCAACGCUUCAGUCAAUUCAUCAGGUUCACUGGGCGGCAAACACGGAGUCGAAACUUGGGCCUUUUCAGUGAUACAAUCAAGAGGCAUUUUCCUCUCUUAAAACAGAACAAACAAGUUGAUCAACUCUCUUAUGGUUUGCCCUCUGCAAGCAGACAGACACAACUGACAAGUACAUUGAAGAAAACUGUAGAAUCAUCUGUGCAAACAAUUGAAGAAAGCUUUGUGGCUGACACACCAAAGUCAGUACUGCAUAAAAAAUUGGAUUUUGAUGCCAUUCCCCAAAAUGAUAAAACUCCAGUCAACACAAAGCCACCUCAUUCUCUCUCUGAUGGAAUGCUGAGUCCUUUGGUUCAUGUAAUAGAACUUAACCAUUCUCCAAAAUCGGUGCGAAGGACCAGAAAACGGCGCAGUUCAGAAACUGCUGAGGCCAUAAUUAUGAGCAGUGAUGCUGAAAAGACCCCUGUAUUUCACCCACCUUCUAUUGAAAAUGAGAUUAACUACCUACCUAAUUUGAUUAACAAAAAGAUAAAGGUCAUACCUGUCACACCUGUCACUCACUCAGAUGAACUCCCCUUCUUCACACCAGUUACGUCAUUCCGGAGAAAUCCAUAUCGGACUAUUCAUCACUCAAGGCGUCAGCCAUUUCCACAGUGCAACACUCCUGAUACAGAAAGUCUUAAAUUUUAUCUUCAAAUCAUUUCCCUCCCCUUCUCACCUUUUAUAAUUUUUCUUCCUCCACUCCCCCACCCCACCGAUGCAUCAAGAGAGAAGAAAAAUGUGCUUUUAUUUGUUGAAUGCUUUCUCCUGUCAAGAUCAACCUUUAUUAAAUUCUAA